CAGUCGUCAGGACCGCGCAGAUCCGAAGCAUUGACAUUCACUGCUGAAAACAGAACCCUUUCAUCCAGAAUGGAUUUUGACGCAAUUCUUGAAGACGUCGGGCCGUUUGGUACGUAUCAGAAGUUGGUCAUCUACUUCGUGCUGCUACCCGCCGUGAUCCCGUGCGGGUUCCAUGCGUACGCGCAAUUGUUCAUGGCAGCAAACGUCAAGCACUGGUGCAGAGUGCCAGAGUUAGAACACAUUGGUAAUGUUGAUGUGAUAAAGAAUUUAAGCAUCCCAUUAGAAUUAAAGAACGGAGCUCUGGAAUACUCGGAGUGCUAUAUGUAUAACCUUAACUAUAGCGAUGUUGUGAAAAAUUACGAGAAUGCCAAAGCAAUGAAGGAAGUUUCUGGAGAUCUCGUCCAGUGUACGAAUGGUUGGAUGUAUGACAAAUCCAUUUACAAAAGCACUGUUGUUACUGAGUGGAACCUGGUCUGCAAUAGAGAUUUCUACCCGACUCUUGGUUUGGUCCUAUUAGCUGUCGGUGGAAUUAUCGGGAACUACAUUUUUGGCUACCUCCAGGAUACUUUAGGGAGGAAACCCUCCUUCUUCAUUUACCUCCUCAUUGAAUGCAUUUUCGGAGUCGCCACGGCCUUCGCGCAAAAUUAUGUUAUAUGGAUUAUUUAUAGGAUUGGUGUUGGUUUUACAGUUCCUGCUAUUAUGACAACCCCGUACGUUUUGGCUAUCGAACUCGUGGGACCACGUUACCGAACGCUCUGCACCAUACUAUCCAACAUAGCAUAUUCCCUGGGCCUGAUUCUUCUCGCUGGAGUGGUCUACUCUGUACGCGACUGGAGGCAUCUCGCCCUGGCGACGACGCUGCCCUUUGUUGCCCUCUUCCUGUACUUAUGGCCCAUGCCAGAGAGUCCGAGGUGGUUACUCGCUAGAGGACAGUUUGAAAAAGCUGAAGUUAUUUUGAAAAACAUGGCAAGAAUCAACGGUAAAUCCCUUCCAGCCAACUACAUGGUACAUUUGCAUAGAAAAUACGAAACUAACAAACUGAACCAAGAUAUAGAGCAGGCAAAGAGUCGUAAAUAUGGAAUCUUGGACUUAUUCCGCACGCCAAACUUGAGGAAGAAGACAAUUAUAGUUACAUUCAUUUGGUUCACGAAUACCAGUGUCUACGUGGGGUUAUCGUACUAUGCGCCGGUUCUCGGAGGUGACGAAUUCCUAAACUUCUUCCUGGCUGGUGUGGUGGAACUGCCGACAUAUUUGUUCCUAUGGCCGUCGAUGGAACGGCUUGGCAGGCGAUGGACUUUGUGCAUGAGCAUGGUCGUGGGAGGCGUAGCUUGCCUCACCACGUUCUUGGUGCAACACGAGACCUACGUGACUCUGGCGCUAUACUGCGUGGGUAAGAUGGGAAUAUCGUCCUCGUUCGUGGUGCUGCCUCUCAUGGCCUCGGAGUUGUAUCCUACCGUCGUGCGAGGGCUUGGAAUGAGCCUGAGCUCCGUGCUGGGCAUGCUUGGACCUAUCUUCAUACCGCUCGUUAAUUAUUUAGGUUCGGAUAUAAUGGUUCUACCGCUAAUCAUCAUGGGAGCUCUUCUAGUAGCCGGCGGCAUAGCUAGUCUACUCCUGCCAGAAACACUGAACCAACAUCUUCCUCAAACCCUAGAAGAUGGAGAGAAAAUGGGUCUUGACACCGAUUUCUGCUGCAAACCUCCAGUGAAAGAUAACGGCCACAGGAAAAGUGAAGAUAUGUCUCAAGAUGAACACACUUGUAACGCAUGUAAUGCCUUGUGCACCUGCCAAAUGGUCAAUGUUUCAUUAGAAAAUAAUACGACUACAAAAGAAAAGGAAUCUGAGAAAAAAUAAAUGAAUAUUGGUUAAAUAAAUUA